AUGGAAAACUUUCAGUACAGUGUUCAGCUGAGUGACCAGGACUGGGCUGAGUUCUCAGCCACUACUGAUGAAUGUGGCCUCCUGCACGCUGACCUGGCAUCUGGGGACGAGCCCUUGUCCAGUGACAUUGACCAAGGGGACAGCAGUGGCAGCAGUCCCCCCAGGCCCCCACUCCUCCUCACUGGGCAGCUGGCUCUGGGGGGGAGGAGCCAGCAGGGCCACAAGGAGGAGGAGGACAAGGACACCACCCAGCCGCUGGUCAGCAGGUGUGAGCCCAUCCUGGCCCCAGGGGCUGGUCAGCAGACGCCCGGCACGUCCACAAGGUCAGCAGCCCAGCAGCCCCUCAGCUCUAGCGUCAGCUCUCCUGGCCACUCUACAUCCCUCCUGGGGCCGGUGUUUUCAGAAGGCGAGAUGCAGAGGCUUCUGCAGGGCCCAGCCCCCCGUGGCUCUGCCCCUGGGCCCCCCGGUGAGCCCCCUCAGAGCCAAGAACCCCCCCAAAAGCCCCCUAACAGCCCUGGGCCCCCCUUGCGGAACCCUAGUAGGAAGAAGAGGCGCACAGCAGGUGCCAAGGGGGGUGGGCACCUGGGAACUCCAACCCAGCUGGACUCCCCACUGCCCUCUGAGGCUAGGCCCCCACCCCUUGUGGCAGAGCCAGCCAUAGGCACCAGGCCGGAGCCAGACUCUGGGCUGGCUCUCGAGGCUGGCACUGGCACCCUGACUACAGCUCCCCAAUGUCGACCAGGUUUGGGGCUGACCACACCUGCACUCAAGAGUGAGCGAGGUGCAGACCAGGUCAGAACAGCCCCCAGACCUGAGGUGCACUCGGUGUACACCUCCAACUCCGAGCCACCCCCCAACGGGGCUCCAUCUGCCCUCGACUCUCAGCCGCCACCUGAUGGGGCUCUGUCUACCCCUGACUUUGAGCCACCCCCCAACGGGGCUCCGUCUGCCCUCGACUCCCAGCCGCCACCUGACGGAGCUCUGUCUACACCUGACUCCGAGCCACCCCCCAGUGGCGCUCUGUCUAUGCCCAACUCCCAGCCUCUACCCCACAAGGCUCCGUCUACACCCGACUCUAAGCCACUUCCCAGUGGGGCUCCAUCUAUACCUGACUCCCAGCCUCCACCGGAUGGGAUUCUGUCUGCCCCUGUCUCCAAGCCUAGGCUGGAUGCCAAUCUGCCUACGCUGGUCCCAAUGGUCAAGCCACAUGUGGACCCAUCUACACCUGCCUCAGUGGCUACCCCACCUUCGGCUCUGCCUCACCCCAUUCCCCAAGUCAAGUCUGGUGUAGACAUAAUGGGCACACCAGCCCUCACAGCGUCCACUGAUGCCCCGUCCUGGUCCUCCAUCCCUGAGGCCCUACCUGGUGUGGGGAAGCCUGAAUCUGCAGCUGGGCGAAGUGAGAUCCUUGCUGUGCCCCUGACCGGGCCUGAGCCCUCAACAGAAACCCCUGGGCAUCUCUCAGGGGAGCCCCCCACAGGCCUCACUCAGGCUCCCAAGAGGAAGAAAGUGCGAUUCUCCAUGGCUGUGGCUAGUAGCCCCAAGGAGCCAGAGCUCAGGGCCACCCCAGGCCCACCCUCGCCAGCAAGGUUGGCAGCAGGAGCCCGGGCAGUGCCAGGGGCCUGGGACGCUGUGGCAGUCAAGCCCCGGCCACCCCAGCCUCGAAUCCUCAAGCACCUGCCUCCCCCUGCCUCUUCCGCCUCACGGGGCCCCAGGUCAGGGGACUUUGCCCUGACCCUCCCCGAGGCCUAUGAGUUUUUGUUUUGUGACACCAUUGAGGAAGAGGAGGAGGAUGCUGAGGAGGGGCUAGCUGAGCCGGCCCCAGAGGAUGUGCAGUGGCCGGACGUCUGUGAGUUCUUCUUCUGGGACCGUGGGGCCCAGAGGCCAAGAUCACGUGGGGGCCAGACCCAAGCCCCCUGCCAGCCUGCCGAGCCUGCACCAGCCCUUCCACCUGGAGACCCUGUACCCAUUUCUGUCCCUGAGGCCUACGAGUACUUCCUUGGGGAGGAGGAGUGGGGGUGUAUGCUGGAUCUGGCCCCCCCACCUGAGCCCAGUGUGGUCACUGAAGAGGAGCUUGGCCUGGUGGUUAGGCGUGCAGGGGAGCCCUGGAGUCCCCUCCCUGUGUUCACCUUCAGCCAGCGUGACAUGUGCUUAGUGUUUGUGGCCUUUGCUACGUGGGCUGUGAGGACGUCAGAUCUGCACACCCCAGAUGCCUGGAAAACAGUCUUGCUGGCCAACAUUGGCACCAUUUCUGCCAUCCGGUACUUCCGCCGGCAGGUGGCACGGGGACGCACCAGCCGCAGCCGCAGCCCCAGCCCCAGCCGCAGCCCCAGCCCCAGCCCCAGCCCCAGCUCCUAG